CGUCAUCAUGCAGGUGUGGACCGAAGCGAAGGAGGACUGCAUGUGGUUGGUGUACUACUUGUGCUUCAUCGCACCAAUGCACUCGUUGCUGGUGAAGUACCUCGAGUCUCGUGGCAAGCGUAUCUCUUCUGGUCAAGUCAUGGCGUGGAUCGCAGCCUUCACGCUGUUCUCGAUGUUCUUGCCACUCAUUGUCCGUGGACGCAUCCAGUCUCAAAGCCCCUAUCGACUUUUGGGCGUUAGUCGAUAUGGCGACGCAUAUAGCUGGGCGCAGGUGUACGCAGCCUUGAAGCAACGCUACGUGGACGGAAAGCUAUCCCCUGAAGAAUGGACACAAGUCGACGCCGCAUAUGACAUCUUGUACGACCCCCAUGUCCGCCGAGCGCACGACGGAUGGGGCCCGGACUUUCAAGUGCAGCUGCAAAAGGACAUGCUGUUCAACGUCGCCUUGUUCUACAUGUUGUGGGCCGUAGGGGUAUUCAUCGCCACAGCAGGUCGCAAGUACCAAUCUGGUCGCGACUUGGCGGUCGCAGCGCUGCUGGUGGUACGAUAUCAAACACUCGCCAAAACGUCAAUAUGGGAAUGUAUGUAUGUUGUUUGGCAGACCCUGGUAUUUGAAGUGUCGGUGCGCUUCUUCAGCUACGACCCCCGCCUCACGCUGCUUUCCCAAGCGACUCCGUUUGAGCUGGUCAUGGCUCUUCAUAUCAUCUUUCCCGCGAGUCUGCUGGGGUACACUUCGUACAAGCGACUGCUGUUUGUGGACAUGCUCAAGCAUCGCCACGAUUGUCUCAGCCUGGCCCUGCGUACAAACGAGGAGACCAAACUGAAACUUCGCGAGUUGUCUGUGGCCGCCACGGCUGCUGCUGACAACCAGAUUGGUGCCGAGUCCAAAGUGAAUUAAAACGUUCGGCUAUACUAGUAUACUACUAUCACAGAGUUACUCUCGUUCUUUAGCUACUACGACCAUGAGGAAUUAAUAUCCGGCACAUUAUAUUUCAAGUAUUUGAUUGGUCGACUACUUGGUCGAGAUAUAUUAAUGGAAUUAAUAGU